CAAGAAGGUAGUCAAUAUUAACAGACAAGUUGGUGUAGCUGGUAAAAUAGUUCCGAAGUGUGCAGUAAGACCGACAGAAGAAAUAAGAACGUAGAAAUCAUCGUGUUGAGACCUUAAGGUGAACGUCAUUAUAAUGGUAAAGAGUCUUCGGUGUGAUCAAUCAGAAUCUAGAUUGGGUGUUCGACACUGGCAAACUUUCCUCUUCUUUCUCGCCCUAAGUGUGGCUUAUGCACAGAGAGUCAACUUAUCCGUGGCUAUUGUGGCCAUGACAGAUGCAGAUGCUGUUAAUCCCGAUUUUCCUGAAUACAAUUGGCCGGAGAAGACUAAAUCCUUGUUGCUGAGCAGCUUCUUUUGGGGCAAUGUUUUGACCCAGGUGCCAUCGGGUCAACUGGCUCGCAAAUUUGGUGGCAAGAUAACACUGCUAACAGGCAUGUUUAUCUGCUCCGUGCUAAACUUACUGACGCCUCUGUGCGCAUUAUGGGGCGGUUGGGAAGUGGUAUCUGCCCUUCGUGUCAUGGAGGGUUUGUUCCAGGGAGUUGUCUUCCCAGCGGUUCACACGUUAAUCUCCGCAUGGAUUCCGCCCAAUGAGCGACCGGUGCUGGGCACUUGUGCCUAUGCGGGCAGUCAGUUCGGAACCAUUGUCAUGCUGGCCACAAGUGGACUACUCGCGGCCUCACCGGCUGGUUGGCCCAGCAUCUUUUACAUUUCUGGAGGCGUUGGUUGCCUUUGGUCCGUCGUCUAUUUUAUAUGGGGCGCCAGCACGCCGGCUGAUUAUAAAAGUAUCUCAGUGGAGGAGCGCAAAUUGAUAAAGAUGGCGCAGGCAACUGAGGCGGUCUCCGAACAGCCCAAUGAAAAGAUGCACACACCUUGGCUUAGUUUCUUCACCUCGCCACCUUUUUUGGCACUCAUUGCCGCGCACAGUGCUAACAAUUGGGGAUUUUGGACGCUGCUCACCGAGAUACCCAGCUAUAUGAAGAAUGUCCUGAACAAGGACAUCAAAUCAAAUGCGCUGCUCUCGGCCCUGCCCUACUUUGCCAUGUUCUGCAUGUGCUUUAUAUUAUCCGCCAUCGCCAUGCAGCUGAACAAGCGCAACUGCAUCUCCACUUUGACUAGCCGUAAGCUCUUCAACACCAUCGGCUUGUGGGUACCUAUGUUGGCCUUGAUUGGUCUGGGCUAUGUGGGCAGUGAUCAGAGCAAUCUGGCUGUCAUUUUGCUGACGGUUACAGUUGGUUUCAAUGCUUCCUGCUAUCUGGGCCAACAGAUUAAUCACAUCGAUCUGUCGCCCAACUUUGCUGGCAUCCUGAUGGGCAUCACCAAUUGUGCCAGUUGCAUCAUGAGCAUUUUUGGACCGCUCCUAGUGGGAUUCAUUGUUACCGAUGAGCAUGAUGUGGAACAGUGGCGUAUUGUUUUCUUUAUUGCCGCCAUCAUUUAUCUGGUAGGUAAUGGUCUCUUCAUCAUCUUCGGUCGAGCCAAUGUGCAGAAGUGGAACGAUCCACCAGCCAAGCCCCGUCGGAACUCCACACCACAGGUGGAGUCUCAGCAUUAGUAGUAUAUUCUAGAGAAUUACAUAGAUAUACAAUCGCUAGUCUACUAAUUUGAUCGACUAAAGUGCUUCUCAUUUUUAUCUGACUAUAGUAAACAAAUAAACCAUAGCUUAAAUGCAAAAUUCAUCAAAUUGUAUCCAAACAGCAUCGAAAUAAUGACUAUAAG